GUUUACAAUCACAGUACCUCAAGGAAGAAGACGCUCCUGUCGCAUUUUGGUGAAUUUGCCUUUGAAGUAAGAGUAUUUAGAUGUAAAACUAAAAGUGAUUAGGAUAGAGAAGGGAAAUAUAGCAAAUAAGUACAAAAACGAGAAUCACUUCCAAACAGGUGAAACGCUUCUUCCCGCCGGAGGCGGAGAAAUUCAUAAGCUUCAUUAGCUGGUGAGCUCUUUCUGGCUAGACGGCCGUGGAAUGAGAGGCUGACGAGUGGAUUACAAGGGAGUGGGGUUGGACGGCACGAAACUUCGAGUUUGCCGCUCUCUUCGGCUCUUAACAAAAUGAAAUUGAAAAACGUAUUUUUUUACCUGUUUAUCACAGGUUUAUAUCUUCUUUUCUCGGUCAAGUCCAGUGAGGCUGCGGCUUGUAGAGGGUGUCACGUUCAGCCAUGCAUUUGCGUUGGAGAAAAAGGAAUUUCUGGUAUUGUAGGCCUUCCAGGAAUCCCAGGUCCACCAGGACCACCAGGUCGUAUGGGUGAGGAAGGACCUUAUGGUCCAAGGGGUGAUCGUGGAGAAAGAGGAGAGAGUGGAGCUAUGGGUCAGCAGGGCAUUAGGGGUGAACAAGGCACUUCAGGACUCACCGGGCCUGCUGGUAUUUCAGGUUUACCUGGAGAUGAAGGAUCACAAGGAAAGCAAGGAUUUCCAGGAUGUAAUGGAACAGAUGGAAAGCCUGGCCAAUCAGGAAAUCCAGGAAUCCCUGGUGCAAGGGGCCCACCUGGUCCACUUGGAGAUUAUGGAAUGAGGGGGGAUCCAGGAGAUGGAGGAAUUAAUUCUAUAGGAGUUAAAGGUGAAUCUGGUGAAGAUGGUCAACCUGGAACUACAGGCCAUCGUGGACUAUCAGGUCUAAGUGGAGAAAAGGGAGUUCGUGGCCCUCCUGGAAUUCUAGGAAUGAAAGGUGAUCAAGGAGAACCAGGGCCUAAGGGGCCUAUGGGAGAAGGUAGGGAAGGAUCCAAAGGACGAAAGGGCAACAGGGGUUAUCCAGGAGACAUGGGACUGCAAGGACCAACAGGGAGAGUGAUUCCAGAUCCUAAUAUUGCACUGUUUAAGCAAGGAAUGAAAGGUGAACCAGGUGAAAAGGGUGAGAAAGGUGCAAAAGGAGAAGUAGGCUUUGAUGGAAGACCAGGAGAAAUUGGGAUUUUUGGUGCACCUGGUCCUAAAGGAGAGAAGGGAGAAAGAGGAGACCCAGGCCCAAGAGGAAAAAGAGGCAAGGAUGGCCCUCUAGGACCACUAGGAGUGAAAGGUCAGAAAGGUCAGCCAGGGCUUACAGGAGAGGAUGGUGUACCUGGUGUAAAGGGUCCACCUGGUGAAGGUGGAAGACUUGGAAGCUAUGGUCUUCAGGGUCCACCUGGUCCACCUGGACCAACUGUACCAAUUGGUGAACCUCUUCCUGGUUCACCAGGUUCUCAGGGUCCAGUGGGUGAAAGGGGUGAGCCAGGAAAUCCAGGAAAACCUGGAAAUGUUGGACCUGUGGGAUAUCGGGGCUAUCCUGGAAUACCAGGUCUCCAAGGUCCCCCAGGUGAACCAGGUCCAUCAGGACUUAGCUUCAAAGGAGAACCUGGAGAAGAUGGACUUUCAGGAAAACAAGGUCCAUUUGGAAGACCUGGUGUACCAGGAUUACAAGGUCUAGUUGGUGAUAAAGGUCAGCUUGGAAACACUGUCAUUGGUCCACCAGGGGAAGAGGGACAACCUGGUUGGGCUGGAGUUCCAGGACUUCCUGGCCAACGAGGUGAUCCAGGCCCUCCAGGACCAAAAGGUACCCCUGGAAUUGGUGUUCAGAAAACUGGACCACCUGGUCAGCGUGGACUUCCAGGUCCUCCUGGAGAACCAGGAUCUCCUGGGAUUCCAGGUAAAAAUGGUGAGCCAGGAUUUCAGGGAUCUAAAGGGGAUGACUGUGGUUUUUGUCCACCAGGACCGCCAGGCAAUACUGGAGAUAUUGGGGAUGAUGGACGCCAGGGACCUGAUGGCCCAAGAGGUUUUCCAGGAUUUCAUGGAUAUUCAGGUAGAAAAGGGGAAACUGGAAAGCCAGGUAUACCUGGUUUUAGAGGAGCUCCAGGUCGACCAGGGUCUGAUGGUAUGGAAGGAAGAAAAGGCUCUAACGGUGAAGCUGGAGAGUUGAUAUAUCUAGGAGCUACAAAAGGAACAAGAGGACAACCUGGAGAGGUUGGUUUCCCUGGGGUUAAUGGAAUCCCAGGAGCACAAGGACCACCAGGUCCAGAAGGUUUUAGAGGGUUUCCUGGAGCCAAAGGACAGCAGGGAAACUUUGGAGAUGAUGGAUUCCCUGGUUUUGAUGGUCUUCCUGGACCUCCAGGUCUUCAGGGACCUAAAGGGAAAGAAGGGGAUGUUCUUUAUGCUACUAAAGGUUUUAAAGGAAUUCAUGGUGAACCUGGUGUUGAUGGCCUUGAUGGUGUAAUGGGAGAAAAGGGUAGAAAAGGAGAACCCUUUUCUUUGGAAAAACUAGAGAGAAAGGAAGAAUACCUUCGCUUUAGAGGUUCUAAGGGUGAUCGUGGUAUACCUGGUUUAAAAGGAAAGAGAGGAAUUGUUGGUCCAAAAGGCUUCACGGGGUUGAAUGGCUUAGAUGGUCGUAGAGGAUCUCCUGGUAGAAAUGGAACUUACCCUCGUGGAGAAACAGGAAGGAAAGGAUAUCCAGGUAUAGAUGGUGAUAAUGGGCUACCUGGAAUCCCUGGAUUUCCAGGAAUUAGAGGACUACAAGGUCCAGACGGCCCUCCAGGGUUAAAGGGAAUGCAAGGGUCACCUGGAGAUGAGGGAAUAGAAGGCCCUCGUGGUUUACGUGGACCUCCUGGUCGGCAAGGUGAUCAAGGGGAUUAUGGGACAUCUGGAUUUUAUGGACAGUCUGGUGAAUCUGGCCAAGUAGGAGAUCCAGGACCUAAGGGCUCACCUGGGCAGGAAGGAUUCCCUGGUUUGAAAGGAGAGAAAGGAAUUCCUGGUGUUGCUGGAAUUGGUACUGUUGGUGCUCCAGGAAAGCCUGGACUCAGAGGGUUUGAUGGUCCAAGAGGACAAAAAGGUUUUAAGGGACCUCCAGGACAAGUUGGGAUUUCUGGUGAAAAAGGAAUAAUAGGUAUGUCAGGAGAUAGAGGAAUCUCUGGUGUCCCAGGCCAGGAUGGUGUGCCAGGAACACCUGGAAUCCCUGGAAUAGAUGGAUUACCAGGAUUAAUAGGCAUGAGCGGUGAACCUGGAGAACCAGGACCACCAGGAAAAUCUGGAAUACCUGGACAGCCUGGACUACAGGGAGUACCAGGCUUCAAAGGAAAGCAAGGAGAGUCGGGGUAUGCAGGAUAUCAAGGACAACAAGGUUUACCAGGAUUUAGAGGUGAAGUAGGAGAACCUGGGCCACAAGGACCUGAAGGUCUACCUGGAGAAUCUGCAUCACUUGGUCAGAAAGGUGAUUUUGGAGAACCUGGACUUCUAGGUCGAAGAGGGAGACCAGGACCUUCUGGUUUACCAGGAAAGCCAGGACCUAAGGGAGAACGAGGAAUUUCAGGAGAAGCUUUAGGAGCAGAAUUUGGACCUAAGGGAGAAGUAGGAGAUCAAGGUUUUAGAGGUGUAGCAGGAUAUCCUGGACCUAAAGGACAUAUGGGAGGUUUGGGUGCACCAGGGUAUGAUGGAGUCAAGGGUGAUAAAGGAUAUAAAGGUUUCCCAGGAUCUCCUGGACGUGAUGGCUUUUCAGGACGUCUUGGUCCUAAAGGAAGAAGUGGUCUACCAGGUUUCUCUGGUAUUCCAGGACCAAAGGGAGAAAGAGGACUAGUGGGUAUACCUGGACUAAAAGGACUUGUAGGUGAUGAGGGACCUCCGGGAAGGCCUGGAUCAGAUGGAUAUAAAGGUCAAUUUGGAGACAGUGGAGAACCCGGACAACCAGGUCUCCCCUCAACUGAAGUCAACAGAGGUGACCGUGGUGAACCUGGAUCUCCAGGGCUUCCUGGGUUUCCUGGAGAGAGGGGAGAAUCUGGGCUUUCGGGAAAACCUGGGUCAAAAGGGGAACAAGGAGAUCUUGGAUUUGAAGGCUCUCCUGGAAUUGCUGGAAGAGAUGGACCAAAAGGUUAUCCAGGAGAACCUGGUGGAGUUGGUGAAGAAGGAAAACCAGGUUAUCCAG